UUUCGAUUUCUCCGAGUGUGUUUGUGGACGCAUUACAGCGAUAUGGCAACAUAAGUGUGUUUGCUCACACAAAUUCGAACAAUAGCGCGCCAGCGGAGUCCCAGAGGCGGCGGCGGCUCAACCGGUAAUUCAAUAUCGAGCGUUUCUGUUAGUGAUGCGUACAUCGCUCUGACAAUUCGAUGGGACUUCAAAAUCAAUUCUACACAAUAUAACAGAAUAAAAAAAUUGUGUUACAAACAAAAUAUGGAAAAGGCAGCGAGAAACGAGACCGCAAUAAAAAACGAUAAUAUGAGUUCGGAAAAGGAAGAUUCGCCUUUAAGGACUGAAUCUAAAAUAGAGAUACAACGAAUGAAUUUCAUGGAGAAAAUUAGAUAUGUAAAAUCAAACAUAACUGUGGAGCCGGUGUUGGCGUUUUUUGUGAUGCCUAGCGUAUUAGGAGCUCUUGCCAUUCAAAAUCUAAAUUUAGACAAAGCUUGUCGAGUCAACUUAGACUUUGGCGACGAUGCAUGCACUGCGUUGCGUCUGAGAAAACGAGCGAACUACACCUACGAAGAAGACGAGGUCCAAAAACUAAUAGCCUCGGUGCAAGCUUGGAAGAGCGUGAUCCACAUGGCGGUGCCCACGCUGCUGAUCCUGUUUAUAGGAGCCUGGAGCGACAAGACCGGAAUGCGGAAAAUUUGCAUGUUAAUGCCGAUCCUUGGGGAAUUCAUGACGUGCCUUUUGAACAUAAUGAACACGUACCUCUUCUACCAAGUCCCGGUGGAGUGGACCGUGUUUAUGGAAGUCAUUUUGACCUCAUGCUCGGGCGGAUGGCACACGAUGUUCCUUGGCACGUACAGUUAUUUGGGUGAUAUAACUUCGAAGGAAACAAGAACUUUUCGUCUAGGGAUCUUGAGCUUGUGCAGUACCGUUGGCUUUCCUAUCGGCAUGGGGCUUAGCGGCGUGCUGCUGAAGAUUCUUGGCUACUACGGAGUCUUCGUGAUAUCUGCGAGCUUGCAGUUGCUCAAUUUUUGUUACGUAUUGUUUUUUAUCGAGGACCACACUUGGCUCGCGGAUACAGAGAAGGUCAAAAAAACAGGAUGUGGCGGUUGCCUGGUGGAAUUUUUCGACUUUCGAAGCUUCCGAGAAACAUUGGAGAUUACUUUCAAGAAGGGGAAAAAUAAUAGGAGACUAAGAAUGUGUUUAAUAUUGAUGGUCGUUUGCUUGAACUUCGGACCAAUGUGGGGUGAAUUAGGCAUAACUUACAUCUUUACUCGUUACCAAUUCAACUGGGAUGAAGUGACGUACAGCAUUUUCAACACUUACAGCUUGGUCACCCACUCAUUAGGUACGCUGUUAAGUAUAGGCAUUAUCAGCAAGAAAUGGAAGGCGGACGAUGCUGUUUUGGGGAUCAUUUCAACUAGUAGCAAGAUUUGUGGAGCACUGGUAUUGGCUUUUGCAAGGAAUGGUUUUGAAGCAUAUUUUGCACCACUUGUGGAGAUUUUAAAUGGCACCUCGACUAUUGCUUUACGGUCAAUCGCAUCGAAGUUGGUUUCACAUCAAGAACUAGGUAAAGUGUUCUCACUCUUCGGGCUAGCGGAGACGACAAUGCCAUUAAUAUUUGCGCCUUUAUACACCAAGGUGUAUGUGUCCACCCUUCAUGUGUUGCCAGGAGCCGUUUUUCUACUUAGUGUUCUUUUUACGAUACCAGCAUUAGCUAUUUUCGGAUGCUUUUACCACCAGCACCGGAAAGAGAAGAAAGAGAAAAGACUAAACUUGAACAGUUUGCCUGCCACAGGAGAAGAGUGCAAGAAGAGCAUAGCUGAGAAGGCAAAAAAUAUCAAUAUCGUUUGAUGUAGAGACUAUAGAAGCUACAAAUCUUUUUGUUCCAGUCCAUCAAUAAGCCUAGGCAUAGUUUGACUUCGAAUUUCGUUUCAAAAACUCCUCGUAAUGAAAACUAAAAUACUUUAAAUUUUAGCUGAUUUUCAUAAAUGCAAUAAAGGUUAAUUUUUAUUUCUUCAAACAAAAGUUAUCGAGUAUAGGCCUUUAUAAUUGAAAUACAUGAAUAAGGUUUAUUUGAUCAUUGUAUUUUUUCAUUCAUUAUGUAUUAUCGAGCUGCCUGUUAAAACUGUGCCUUUAUAGCUCAUGUUGUUACCCGUCUUAAAUUAAAGCAUUAUCCACGUUAUAUUUAGAUUUGGCUGACGGUUUCUGUAUUGACUUGUCGUCAUUACUUCUCGUAAACAUUUUCGGAUUGGCAAACCAGGACAGGUUUUUGGCCCAAUAUAUAAGAAGCCCAGAUUUUUUGUAUCGGCUCUGCCAACUAAUUGAUUCCAACAAAUACUUAGCUAACCAUUAUUGAAGUCUUACAUUCUGAAAUAAUAAUUAACAUAAGGUAAUAAAACUGUAAUACAAAAUUUGGAAAGUAUUUAGUGCUGGUGUGAGUUCACGGCCGUAGGCAGACGCUACCAUCGUUUCUAGUUCUGUUGCGAAGUAGUCGUAUAUGACACGUGUGGGACAAUGCUUAUAUUGUUUACAAUGGAAGACAAUAUACAAAAAAAAUCCCGGGAAGAUUAAAUUUAAUAAGGCAAGCUAAUCUAGCCACAGACGUCUGUGCUGUAGUAGAAUAAAUCCUGAAUACUAUUUACUGGUUCAUACUUCAUAUCCAGAUUCUCUCAACUCUCAAUCUUCAGGUUUUCUUUACAAUAUUAUAAAUCGCAUUGCUUCCAUUGUUUUUGUUGUCACCUUUUUUUUUCAAAGUAUCAUUAAGGAUAGCGUUAAAUGACAUUAGUUAGGUAAAUACUACGAGUAAAUGUCCUUUUAUCAAUCAAUGAUUUCCGUGUCAGGAAUUAAAUUCAAUGUUUGUAGAUUUAAGUUUUAACACGAACGCACACACGAAGAAUUUUAAUUAGAUUUUCGCAUCGGAAGUUCCGUGAUUCCUAACUUAAACAAAAAUGUAAUUAGGAAUUUUCAUUAAAUCGAAUUUCUACUGAUAUCAUUUGUAAAGUUGGCAGAUCCAUGUACUUCAAAUGUUUCGAAGCUAUUCUGAAUUUUCUCAUAGAGAAACCUAAUAAGUGUUUAAACGUGUCAUGUGCGCCGUGUUUAUAAAAAAGACUUGUUUUGUACUUUGAUGAUAUUUUUAUUUUGAAAAUGAAUACAUUGUAAUUAAAACUAAAUCUCUGGUU